AACUUCCAAAAAUUACACAUUCCACCCUUGCACCGGAACUCCUGGAAAAAGACUUCUGGAAUGGAAAAUCUUCCCCAAAUAUGUGUAGAUACUUCUGAUGCGUUUAUAACGACUGAAAGAUUUGGUACACGAGAAGAGGUGAUCAGAUGGAUUAAAGAGGUUGGAAUCGAUAAUAAAGUAACUGUUAUUAUCAGUCGUUCAGAUACUGAAACAGGGAAGAGAGGUAGAAGUAACAAAUUAAUAUUUGGUUGUGAUAAAGGUGGGAAAUACAAGAGUACUGAUAGUGGAACCCAAAGUGCGUCCAAGAAAUGUGGAUGCCCAUUUAAAAUCAGGUCGACUCCGGCGAAAGAUGGGUCUGGUUGGAAGAUUGAUGUAAAAUGUGGGUUACAUAAUCAUGGUUUACCUGAUAGAUUAGAAGGUCAUUCCUUUAUUGGUAGGUUGACCACAGAUAAGAAGCAACAUAUCGCUGAUUUGACAAAGAGACAUGUACCACCUAGACACAUAUUGCUUUCCUUGCAAGACCGAGAUCCUGAGAAUGUCACUCAGAUUACGCAAGUAUACAAACAUAAGAGUGUGAUACAAAAAGAGAUAAGAGGUCCUAGAAGUGAGAUACAACAUUUGUUUAAGCUUAUUGAGGAUGCAGGCUAUGUGUAUUGGAGUAGAAAAAAGGAUGACUAGGAAGUUGUGAGAGAGAUAUUUUGG